UAUUUAUCAUUUUAAUUUAGGAGUAACAGUUGAAAGACCGGAUCUUCUAGAGAAUUCAAAGAUAUCUAACCUGUGUCAAUUUCUUCGAUAGCAAAAGCGCCUUUGUUACAUCAGAUUGAAAAGAAAGUUUAAUGUGGGAAAUCAUUCUUUGUGCGGUGUUGUGGAAUUGGAAAACUUUUACUGAACGAAUUCCUAACAAAAAAUAAAAGAAAACCCUAAAUGCAAAGUAUGCUACCAAGACGGACUGAAGCGUUGUAUGGCAGUCAAUUAGGAGAUCAAAAGAAGAAAUCAGUGAGGAUAAGUGACGAUACAACGGUUCGUAAAUUAAAUUACAGAAUUAUUCAAAGAUCCCUUUUGCGUUCAAAAACAACGUAUGCAAAACGUAAACACGAAAGCAACCUUUUUAAUUCGCCCGACAUACAAAACAAUAACAAAUGUUUACUUCCAACCACAAUAGAUAAUAGAAACAGUAAAUCACUUGACUUUAAAUCGUUCGUAGAUAAAAAGAUAAAACAUAGAAAUGAAAAUUAUACGAUAGGGACAAACAACAGGAAGGAUGUUUUAUUAAAAACAAAAACAAAAGAAGCAAACAACGACCAGCAAUCCAAACUCGUUGAAAAUAAAGAUAACAAAGGGAAGGUUGACUUCAAAAAGAUUGGUGCAGAAUACAUUCAGUCUGCGAUGAAGAAAAAAGAAGAUUUUGAAUUGAGUAAACGUUCUUUAAUACCAUCAAAAGCAGAUGUAAGAUGCAUUGAUGAGAAAUUAAGUCCACUGAAAUCCGAAACUGACUCUGAAACUAUCAACCCAGUUACGUUACCAACAAAAUUAUUACAUCAAUCUUCUCUUCCUAAGAAAGAAAUUAAGAAAGACAACGUUACUGCAUCUAUGAAAUCAGAAUUAAUCUGUAAUAAGAAUGGUAUGAAACAAGAUUCUGAAGGUAACCAAAGUUCUAUUAAAAUGUCUGAAAGCACUAAACAAAAGGAUAAUCUGGAAGCACAACGGGAAUCUACAAAACUUCAUGAAAACCAAAGAAAAAGAGAAAUGAAAGAAGAGAAAAUAGAAAAAGACGUGACAAAUACGGACAACAAUAGUUUUCUAAUGGUUGCUGCUAUCGAUUUUGGUACUUCUUACUCGGGUUAUGCGUUUUCUUCAUCUGACGAACACAAAAGGAAUUCGAUGUUAAUAACCGCAAAAUUGUGGUCUAGUUCUCAGUUCAAAGCGGUCAAAACGUCCACUUCGAUUCUAUUUGAUGAUAAGAGACGAUUUCACUCAUUUGGAUUUGAAGCUGAAGAAAAAUAUCUGCGACUUUUAGAGGACGAAGAUAGUAAUGUGGACGAGUGGUUUUAUUUCAGUCGAUUUAAGAUGAUACUGUAUCAAAACAUGAACAUAAAUACCAAUACCAAACUGAAAGACAAUCAAGGGAAACGCAUGUCAGCAUUGAAAGUUUUCUCUGCUGCGAUUGGUUACAUGAAGGCAGAUUUACUUGCAAUGUGUUAUGCGAAAGAUUCUUCAAUUGGUCAGGAACAAAUCCGUUGGGUACUCACCGUUCCAGCUCUAUGGAAUGAUAAUGCUAAAACUUUCAUGAGAGAAGCUGCUAAUAGAGCUGGUAUACCAAACAACAGCCUGGUAAUGGCUUUGGAACCGGAAGCAGCCUCGCUGUACUGUAUAGAAUGGAUGAAGAGAAGUGAUGCCACUGAACUUGAACGAGGAGAAAAGUUCCUCGUCCUAGAUGCUGGCGGUGGAACGGUUGACAUUGCAGUUCAUCAGAUCCAGGAAAAUGGAAGAAUAAAAGAAUUGAACAAGGCGAGCGGCGGAGACUGGGGUGGAAUCAAGGUCGAUCAAGAGUUUGAUAAACUUUUAAAGGAUAUUGUCGGCAGAGAUCUUUUGAGUGAGAUUAAAAAACAGUAUAUGUCAGAUUAUAUGGAUAUUUUUCAUUCAUUCGAACGAGCUAAGAGGAGAGACUUUUCUAUAGUCGGUCAUGGUAAGGUUCAGCUUACUUUUCCGAAUACCAUUAAUCGAUUAUGCUUGAAAACUAGAGAGAAAGAUGUGAACGAGCUGAUAUCCGAAAACUUGAAGUUCAAAAAUAAUAUUCGAUUAAUUAAAGACAAACUAGAAAUAGAUCUUGCAUUAUUCAAAUCACUCUUUGCUGGUGCUAUUUACGACAUUGUAAAUCAUCUAUCAAUUCUUUUUCGACAGAGUCAAGUAACAGAUUUGACAACCAUGUUCAUGGUUGGGGGAUAUUCCGAAUGUUAUCUAUUGCAGGAAGCAAUUCGAUUUCAGUUUAGUUCGCUUAGAGUUUUAAUACCACCAAAUUCUGUGUUAUCCGUACUAAAAGGGGCAGUUCUAUAUGGGCAUUCGCCGCGAACGUUUCAGUCCAGGAUAAGUACUUUUACUUAUGGUAUAGAAACAACAGAACCAUUUAGGAAAGGAUAUCCUGUUGACAAAAAGAUAUUUAUAAAUGGAAAAUCCCACUGUGAUAAGAUAUUCUGCAUCCAUGUUAAAGAUGGUGAACACGUAAAUCUUGGGAAAUCAGUGAGCAAAGCAUAUAAAACCAUUGACCCAGAUCAGACACAUAUGGAGUUUAUUGUGUAUGCUUCCAUUAAAAGAACACCAAAGUUCACGGACGACGACGGGUGUUUUCAACUAGGAUCUUUGACCGUUGAUGUCAGUAAAAUGUCAUGUGAUAAAUAUGGGGAAAAGCAGAUACGACUUGAACUAAUCUAUGGAGGAACUGAGUUGGAAGCGAUAGCUACGGACACAACAACAGGGAAAACAUCCAGAGAACAUUUUACUUUAGCACGAGCAGGUCAUCGUUGUUAA